AUGGCGCCCCUCUCCCUGCCCUCCGGCCUCCCCGGCUGCAUCGAGGUUGACCCCGGCGCGAUGUACCUGUGCUGCCUCACCCCCGACGCCGCCCUCCCAGACUCGGAGGUCCUGGCCGCGGCGGCCCUGUGCCACGUGCUCGACCCCGACCUGGUGUACGAGCCUUUCUGCGCCGACUUCGGCCCCUGCAACCUGGCGCACACCUGGCGCAUCUGCCAGAGCCUGCGCCGGCUGACCGCCGCCGCGGCCGCCGCAGGCCUGCCCCUGCUCCUGCUGGUGGGCGCGCACCCGCACCGUCACGCCAACGCGGCCGCGGCGCUGGGCGCCUACCGCGUCCUGCUGCGCGGCAUGUCGGCCGGCGCGGCGUGCGCGCCGCUGCGCGCGCUGUGCAACCUGCCCCCUUUUCGCGACGCCUCCUCCGGCACCCCCCUCUUCGGCCUGGGCGUGGAGGCGGUGGUGGCGGGGCUGGCCCGCGCCCGCGAUGCGGGCUUCCUGGCCUGGCAUGCCGGCGGCGGGUUCGACCUGGAGGAGUACGAGCACUACGAGCAGGUGGAGAACGGCGACCUCAACUGGAUCGUCCCCGGCAAGCUGCUGGCCUUCAGCGGCCCCAGCGCCACGCCGCGUCACUACGGCGGCUGGCGCACAUUCACCCCGGAGGACUACGUGCCCUACUUCCGGGCCACGGGGGUGCAGGCGGUGGUGCGCCUGAACCGGCGCAUGUACGACGCGGCGCGGUUCACGGCCCACGGCCUGGCGCACCACGAGCUCUACUUCCCCGACGGCACCUGCCCCGCGCGCGACACGCUGCACGCCUUCCUGGCCCUGGCCGAGUCGGCGCGCGGCGCGCUGGCCGUGCACUGCAAGGCCGGGCUGGGGCGCACCGGCGUGCUCAUCUGCGCCUACAUGAUCAAGCACCACGGCUUCGGCGCGGAGGAGGCCAUGGGCUACAUCCGCGUCGCGCGCCCGGGCUCCGUCAUCGGCCCGCAGCAGCUCUACCUGCGUGCCGUGGCGCCGGAGCUGGCCGCGCAGGGCGCCGCGCUGCGCGCGCUGGCAGCGCAGAGGGCGCUGCCUCCGCUGGACCGGGGCGAGCGGGGCUCGCCCGCCGCCGACCAGGAGAACGGCGGCGACUGGACGCUGGCCUCGGGGCGGGCGGGCGCGGUCGAGAUCGGCGCCGCCUCGGCCGCUGCGACCUCUGCGAGCGCCAAGGAUCCCCAGCGCCCCGCCCUGCACCUGCACCCGCGCAAGAUCCCCCUCGCCAUGGACUUUGACAAGGCCCUGCCCUCGGACCUGGAGGACCUCGCGGCUGACGACGGCAGCGGCUGGCGGCUGUCCACCCUGCCCUCGACCUCCUCCUACGCCGGCAGCAGCCGCAUGGGGGGGGGGCUGCUGAACGCGGCAGAGAGGGGGGCCGCCGCCUUCGCAGGCGUGUUCCGCACCGCGCGGCGCCAGUCGACGACCGGUUAG